AUAUUCUGAAUUUCCAGUUGAUGGGCAACCCGAGGGCUCAAGAACACCAGCUGUUACUAAAAAGCCAACUCAAAGAACUAAGCUAGCAAACUUCACUGCUGAAGAGGACACAAGGGUAUGCCAUGCAUGGCUUGCUGUUAGUUGCGAUCCCAUUAUUAACACAGGCCAGAAACGUCAAGGAUUUUGGAGUAGAAUUACUCAAGCAUACAACUCAAGACGAGGAACAUUGCCAGAAAGGUCCACAAAAUCUUUGAUGAGUAGAUGGGAUACUAUCAAAACACAGUGUUCCACUUUUGCUGGAUACAUGAUGGCAGUCCUCCGACAGAAUCCUAGUGGACUCAGUGACGCAGACAAGACAUCACUGGCAGCUUCUAGGUUUGCAGCAAUUGAGAAGAAGCCUUUCCACUUUUUACACUGUUGGGCCAUUCUUAAGGACCAACCAAAAUGGAUGGACAACCACAUGGGUCAACAACAACAGCAAGCCAAUGCUAAUCCCACUCAUUCUAACACUGUCGAUUUGGAUGCAGAAGAAUCUGUACCUUCAAGCUUCACAUCCAAGAGGCCCCUUGGUCGAGAUUCUUCGAAGGAAAAGGCAAAGAGGACUAAAUCUGUGGACACAUCUUCAUCAGAUUCUGAGUUUAUGACACACAUGGGUGAUCUUUCUUUGGAGCGCCUGUCAGUGUACAAAACAACUGUUACAACUGAGGAAAAGAAGUUGGAUUCAAUGAACAGAAAUGAGAGGCAGAAAUUGCUCCUUGAGAAGAAGAAGUUGAACCUAGAGAAAUUAAGGCUUGAAAGGCAGAAACUAAAGGAGGACAAGGAAGAUGAGAUAAUGAUCUUAAGCAUGGAUUUAAGCAAAUGUAACCCUCUACUCCGCCAGUACUAUGAAGCCAAGCAACAAGAGAUACUGGCAAGGGUUACUGGGUCUACUUCAUCUGGCCAGUGAAGGUUCCUUACUUAAUAUGUUUGUUUGUCAUUUAUGAAUGAGGCGUACUC